CACCGACCCCAAACAACCUGUCAGCUCUCACCUGUACAAAUACAACUCCUAAACAUCUCUUCAGGGCAACACUGCGGCACAAACGCCAAAGAUUCCUGGCUAUUACAAUAUGAAUGACACGUGCAGAGUCUGCAUUUCACAUUCACUAUAUAUGUGACAGGUGGGAGUCUUCAAAAAGCUGGAUGGAUCACACAGGGCAAGGCACAUGGCAGGCAAUCGGGCCAACAUGGGGAAGAUUAUCUUCUAUGAGGACAAAAACUUCUCUGGGCGCCAUUUUGAGUGCAGCAGUGACUGUGCAGACCUGAUGUGUCUCAUCAAACGCUGCAACUCCAUCAAGGUGGAGGGCGGCUGCUUCAUGAUCUACGAGAAACCCAACUACACUGGGAACCAGUACUACCUGAGGAGAGGAGACUAUCCUGACUUUUAUCACUGGAUGGGUGCCAACGACUCGGUCUGCUCCUGUCGCCUCAUCGCCAUGAAACCUGGGUCAUUCAACAUGCGCCUGUAUGAGCGCCUUGAGUUUGGAGGCCAGAUGAUGGACCUGAUGGAAGACUGUCCCAGUGUCAUGGACCGCUUCCACAUAAAUGACAUCUUCUCCUGCAACGUGACCGAGGGCAACUGGCUCUUCUACGAGCAGCCGAACUACCGGGGCAGGAUGUACCUGAUCAGGCCCGGAGAGUACAAGAGGUUUAGCGAGUGGGGCGGCAGGAGCGCUAGGGUCGGCUCCAUCAGACGCAUCCUGGACUAUUGAACUGUUUUGGGGGAUCCCACAGCUGAAUGGAGGUUUUGGGAAGGCUUCAUGCUCAGAUAAGGACCUACGAGACUAUAGAAAGUACAACAUACUGUACGUGAGGCUCAGUUUGACUGUUCUUGGGUAAAAUUUGGUCAUUUUUCUUCAAGGAUUGGGACAAAACUUGAAAAACAAAUGGUUAUAAGAAUGGUCUGAUUUUAGGAUGGAUUCAAAAUUAUUGCUAAUCACCAACCACACAUCAAGAACACCAACAACACUUUUGGACCUGCUGUUGAUCAAACACUCACCAUUAUAAUAAAGUGAUUGCAAAAUGGAGUCUUAAUAGUCCAUUCAGUUGUGGGCAGGGCCUUUAGACAUUUGCAUGAGUUGUGAACACUGUAAACUUUCGGGCUAUUGUACAACUGCAAUGAUUAUAUCUUAUCUAUGAUGAGUCAGAGAUGUAUGUAAAUCCUAUAAACAUCUUAUUCUACCUCAGGAAUUAUGUUGACCCAUGUCUGUUCCCGAUUAAAGAAUAAAAAAUAUCUCCAAAUA